AUGAWUGAUGUUGACUUUGUUAUUGUUGUCUUUGGUGUUGAUGAAGUGGAUGAUGUUGAUGUAGUUGAUGUUGUUGAUGUAGUCUUCUUUGGGUCUUUGGAAGAUGAUGAUGUAGAUGUCAAUGACUUGGUACUGCUUGGCAAAGUGCCACUCAGAGUGGGAGUUGUAGCAGAUGAUGAUGUUGUUUUCUUUGUGGCUGGUCCUGGGAAUGUACUUGACAAUGAAGUUGUGGCAGCUGCACUAAGCAACGGACUCUUCAAAGUUGAUGAUGUUGAUGUAGUUGAUGUUGUUGUUGUUGGUCUUGUCUUUGUAGGUGUGCUCAGUAUAGAUGAUAUAGUAGAUGUUGAUUUCUUUGUUGUUGUACUGCUACCACUUGUUGUAGUAGUGGCACUCUCUACUGACGCACUUGAUAGACCAGUCUUCUUUGUUGAUGAUGAAGAUGAUGAUGUCGGUAAUCCCGACACCUUUGGCUUUGGUAUAGAUGAUGAUGAUGAUGAUGAACUACCUGUACUACUCAUGUUAUUAUCUAUCAAUAUCUAUUUUAAAGGACAGUCACUGGAGUCAUGGUUGAUGCUUGUAGGGGCCCUGGAACUUAUACUUAGUAGGCCUAGAACUUAA